UGUCAUUCCGACGCACAGAGCGUAGGUGUUCAGGUGUUCAAAUAUUGAGAAUACAGUUUUCCAAUUCUGCCCGGCCUCCACUGACCUCUAGCUACUCUGUAAAGUAUGAACGAAGUCGAGGCUGCAAGGUCUCUUUACAACCUAUCUCCAGGUUCUGAUUGUUCUACAACCCUAUCUAUGGCGGAUAGACUAGAAACCAUGUACUCAAACUCCUCUCCGCCUCUUGAAUGUCCUCCGCCGAAAAAACGUAAGGUCAACUUCUCUCUAACUCUUGAUAUUAAGCAAGAGAGUUCUGACGAUGCAUGUGUACCUCUUGGUCCAUCAGACGCAAACUCUGACGCCGAGAGUUAUUAUUCCGAUCUCCCAGCCCUACCUACCACUCCUCAUGGAGGUCCUCAAGUCCCUCCCCUCACCCCUGGAACUAAUCUAAAAGUAGGCGAGGCCUUAAAGCAGACCUAUGCCUCCUGGAAUGAUAAAACCCGUCAGCUAGGUAUCCCUAGAGAUCCCAGGAUCUGGGAGAAUAUAGAGGUUAUUGCCUGGUUAGAUUGGGCAGCUUGUGAGUUUCAACUUUAUUCACAAUCAGUCACAGAAUUCAUUAGAAACUUUAAGUUGAACGGCCGAGAAAUGUGCAGUCUGAGAAAGGAUGAUUUCUGCUUUAAAGCUCCAGUAUUUGUCGGAGAUAUACUUUGGGAGCAUCUCCAGCUGCUCCAGGCUGAGUGUGAUAAAGACAAAUAUGCUUUGAGAAAUGCUGCUCCUAAACUAAGUGAGAUAUCCACUGCUCCCAAUAUAUCCAACCAGAGUGCUCCAACCUAUACCCAAUAUUCUCCAAAUAGAACUUAUACAAACCUAGAUACAUCUGCUCCCAGAUAUCAGUCCGAACAGAUUCCUCCAAGAGCAACGGAGCAGCAUUGCUCCAGAGUAUCGGAGCAAAGAAUGUCAUCUCCCAAUCUUGAUCUUUCAAUGCAAAGGAUUUCCCCCGGAUUAGAGCAAAGAAACUCUCCAAUCCCUCCAAACCCAAUAAAAGUUGAAUAUCCAGUUAAAGCCGAGUACCCACAGUAUCCCUACCAUCAAUACCAAUAUUCCCGGAUGUAUCAAUAUCCUACUUAUCCUACUUAUGUUCCAACCCUACCCAACCAAACCUACUUUCAAGAACAAACUCAACCAAACCGCUGGAACCAAACAGUGGAGCCUCAACCAAACUAUCAGGUUCAUGAUCGACCCUCUCCACCCCCUGUUGCGACCCUAUCGGGAGGCAUCACCUACUCCAACGGGAUCGGGCCGGCCAUCACCCCCACGGGACCUAUCCAACUAUGGCAGUUCAUCUUGGAGCUUCUCUCGGAUAAGACGUGUCAACAUUUCCUCUCCUGGACCGGAGACGGAUGGGAGUUUAAAAUGACAGAUCCUGAUGAGGUUGCUCGCAGAUGGGGAUUACGUAAGAAUAAGCCUAAGAUGAAUUAUGAGAAAUUAUCCCGAGGUCUCCGAUAUUAUUAUGAUAAAAAUAUUAUUCAUAAAACAUCUGGCAAGAGGUACGUGUACAGAUUUGUCUGUGACCUUCAGAACCUCUUGGGAUACAAACCGGAGGAUUUCUUCAACCUCAUCGGUGUUGUCCCCCAGGGGGCCGACGAGGACGAGUAAAAAGUUGGCGGAAUGCGAGGUACGAAAAUGCGCAAUUUAGCGCCCGGGAGAUAUCUCAGGGUUUCGAGGAUUUUAAGAAAUAUGUUGAAAGGGCAUAACUUGGUCGGAGAGGCCUACGGCUGUGUUGUUGUGAUAUAUAAAUAUAUCUAUAGAGACGUUAAUAUACGUUUUAUAAUUGUUAAAUAUUCUUUAAAUAUACAUUAAAUU